AUGCGGGUACUACUGAUCUUCUGCUUCUUCUGCGUACUGCUGACGACUGGAGUUUGCUUGCAAUGUGAAUACUGCCGAAGUAACACUGACUCCUGCCACGGUGUCCCGCACGUAUGUGCACCGCAUGAAACAGAAUGCAUCACCCUGACUGUGGAAGUCAGGAAAGUUCCAGGGACGGAAGUGACCCUGGCCACCUAUAAAGGCUGCACCAGACCCAGUUACUGCACUCCCUCCCCCAUGAGCAUCAGAUUUCCUUCCUACCAUAAACGGAGAGUCAACAAGUGCUGCCGGAAAGACCUCUGCAACUCGGGAGCCGUGGAAUUCCCGCCCCUACGGCUCAACCUGAACGGAAUGCAGUGUCCCGGAUGCUUCUCAUCGGAUCCGAAAUGCCCAACCACCGAGAUCAUAAACUGUCGAGGAUGGGAGGUCUUUUGUGUCUUCUACGAAGUUUGGGCCGAUGAGG